AUGGUUCGUGUGCGGAUGCGGUUCCUGGUUGUGGCCCAGAAGCUCCGUGGGAUGUCGAGGCCAGGAGGCUUUUGGUGGUCGGUGGUCUUCUGGGCCGCCUACUACUUCCCGGGGUGUCCUCCACCCCCUUCCUCCUCCUUCUGCUGGAAGAAGGGCAGAGAGGGUCAUGUCGUCAGGUCUUCGGGAGAGGCGAGACCCGGGCAGCGACCGGCUGUCAGGGUCCACGAACAGACGGGAGCUGGAGACAAGAGAGGAGCUGCUGCUGCUGCUAGCUCCGUGAACGGGGUGAUCCCUGGAGGAGGAGGCGCUGCAAGCGGAGGAGCGAAGAAGCAGCACUGGAGGAGCUACAAGCUGCUGGUGGAUCCAGCGCUGAAGAAAGGCCAGCACAAGCUCUACCGAUACGAUGGGCAGAGCUUCCAACCGCAGAAUCCCGGGCUGCCGCCCGUCACGUCCGUACAUGACCCGCGCGCUUCCCGGCGAUGGACGCGAAUCGUGGAGGCCGAGUUGCCACUGCCCAAGUUCAAGAUUGAUGAGUAUUACGUGGGCCCGAUCCCGCCGAAGGAGGUGACCUUCGCGAAGCUCAACGACAACAUCAAGGAGCACUUCCUAACGGACAUGUGCAAGAAGUUUGGCGACAUUGACGCCAUGGAGAUCCUGCACCAUCCCAAGACGAGGAAGCACAUGGGCCUGGCCAAGGUGAUCUUCACCACGGUGAAGGCGGCCAAGGAGGCUGUGGAGAAACUGCACAACACGUCUGUGAUGGGAAACCUCAUGCACGUGCUGCUCGACAACGGAGGGGAGAUGCGGGGGAAGCUCUACGAUCUCCUGCUCAGCGGGAAAUUCACGCCGCAGACGUUGCCGGUGGAGAAGCUCACGGAGGAGGGGCCCGCCGACACGUGCCAGCCCUGUGACCCGCGCCGCCGGACGUUGAGCGAGAACGGCUGCUACCAGAGCGCUGCAUCGGCGAGCCUGGCGUCGGCCGACACGCCCUACUCCACCGACACGGCCUACUCGAGCGGUCUGCGCGAUACCCCGGCCUCCUCCUCGGUACUGCCGCCGACGCCGCUGUCGUCGGCGACGCAGCACGGCACGCCGGGCUCCGUCGACUCGCUAUCGUACGGCUCGAUGCACAGCGCCGGCACCCCGGUCUCUCUCGAGCCGCCGCAGACGCCCACCGCCUCUUGUUCCUCCUCGUCGUCAGCCGCCCCUCUUCACGAGGCGGCCUACCUCCCGACGACGGCGAAGGAGGGCGGGCGGCGCACCGCAACCGGCGCGACUCAGCGGUUCUUCCCGGCGGAAGGGUACGCCGGCCAGGGCCUCGAGCACAAGUCGUUCGCGGCGCCGCCCGAGACGACGGCGUGGCAACAGCCACUGCUGCCGUCGCCGUCGGCGUUCCACGGGUCGGCCCACCACGGCCGCCCCGGCGGGUUCCCCAAUCAUCCGCCCCCCCCGCUGCCUCCCCCGCCGACGACGACAACCUACGCAGGAUACCCGGGCUCGUCGGCGACAACCCCGGCGGUGCCGGCGGCGGCGGCGGUGACCGCCACGGCCGCUCCGCCGACUUCCGCGCCGUGGAGGGGAGCGUACGGCGAGCCGGAGCGGCCAAAGUCGCCCCCCGGCGAGGGACCGCCCCGGCACGGGGAAGGGAGUGAUGGCUCGUUUGUGACGGCCAAGGCAUCGGUGGCGGCUGACUCACCGUCGCUCUCUCGGGAGAGCGGAGUGAAGGUGAGGAGUGAUGGCGGUUUGCGUCUGUAG